UGUCCUUUGUGUGCGACUCUGAGGAACCGACCCCAUUAAUGUCAGAGUACCUCGAACUUCAAUUUUCGCAGUAAAUGCCAUGCCUCUUAUCAGUGUCCGUUACUGUUUUUCAACCACCCCCCAUUUAUGGUUCACUUCUUUUAACCAAGACUGCUAGUACAAACUCUUCUUCAACUCUUAUAUCAUUCUUCUUUCUUUCCAACCGUAUAUAUAUUUUCUUUCUUUCAAUUAUCCUUCGUGGGUUUUUCUUUAUUUUCCCGGAAAAUCUGGAAAAUCUUGGACUAGACAUUCCCUGUUUGAGAAACAUAGAUAGGUUGUUUAUGUCUCUUUUUUUAAUGGGGGGUUUUGACCUUGUUGUUUUUAAUGUUCAAUGUUUUCCGAGAAAAUGUUGAAAUCUCAUAGCUUCCUUCCCAUGUGGAUUUUCUUCCCUUUUCUUGGGUUCUCAGAUCUCUGCUUUAAAUGCUUCAUGGGUUUCUUUAAAUUGGAAAGUUUGCAAAUGACGUCUUAGGUAGGACUUGAAAGUUAUAAUCCCAGAUAAUUCUUUCUUGGGUUUGUCCCAAUUCUUUAAAAAUUCCACAAUUUCAAAGUGAAAUCUCUCAUGGGUUUGAAUUUCUCCUGACUCUGUUUCUUUCUCGUAGGAACUCAACAGAGUUGCUAUCUUUCCAGGGUUCUUUCAGCAUUGUCAAAAAAAUUCUAAAAUUCUGAAGUUGGAACUUGUUUAAUGGGGCAUCUAUACUGGUUUGGUGUAGUGUUUCUUGCAUGGGUUUUCUUUGUUUCCAGUACCCAUCAACAACAAACCUCUCAAACUCAAGUUCUUCUUCAGAUAAGGAAGCAAUUGGAGUACCCUAGUGCUUUGGUAAAUUGGGAAAAUUACACUGGAGAUUUCUGUAACUUGUCUUCAACCCCACAUAUGAGCAUCACAUGCCAGGACAUUUCUAUCACUGAACUCAAAAUUAUGGGAGAUAAGCUUGCCAAGGUUAGUGAAUUCAAUGGAUUUGCAAUUCCCAACCAGACAUUAUCUCAGACUUUCUCUAUUGAUUCAUUUGUGACCACAUUGACAAGGUUAACUAGUUUAAGGGUUCUUAGCUUAUUGUCUUUGGGUAUUUGGGGACCACUUCCUGAUAAAAUUCAUCGGUUAUCUUCGCUUGAACUUUUGGACAUGAGUUCGAAUUUUAUGUUUGGUUCUAUUCCACCUCAGUUAGCUAGAUUGGUAAAUCUUCAAAGUUUGACAUUAGAUAGCAAUUUCUUAAAUGAUACUGUCCCCAAUUGGUUGGAUUCAUUAUCAAACCUAACAAUGUUGAGCUUGAAGAACAAUCAGUUGAAGGGUCCAUUUCCUUCUUCCAUAUGCAGAAUUAAGACUCUCACUGAUAUUGCUAUCUCCCACAAUAGGCUUUCUGGUAAAUUGCCUGACUUGAGUACCUUAACUAGUCUACAUUUAUUGGAUUUAAGAGACAACCAUUUGGAUUCUGAACUACCUCUCAUGCCCAAAAGCUUAGCCACAGUUCUGCUGAGCAAUAACUCAUUCUCUGGUAAGAUUUGUGAACAAUUUGGCCAACUAAAUCAGCUUCAACACCUUGAUCUGUCGUUCAAUACUUUAAGCGGAACACCACCUUCCUCAUUGUUCUCUUUGCCUAACAUUAGUUAUUUGAAUUUAGCAUCCAAUAUACUGACUGGGGAACUUCCCAACCAUCUGAAUUGUGGGGGAGAGCUUGGGUUUGUUGAUAUUUCUGCCAACAGGUUGAUUGGUUCACUUCCUUCUUGCUUGGGGACUACUUCAAAUGAUAGAGUUGUUAAGUUUGGAGGGAAUUGCUUGUCUGUUGAUAUUCAACAUCAGCAUCCAGAAUCGUACUGCAAAAAAGCUUAUAUGGAGAUGAAAAAUUCCGAGGGGAAAGAAAUUUGGGUGUUAAUCGGUGUAAUUGGAGGAGCAAUAAUUGUUACGGUACUGUUGGUUCUUGGGCUUCUCAUUCUGUAUAGAAGAUACCAUUCGAGAGGGACAUUGGGGCAGCAUACAAUGCCAAAGGUGAUUGUACACGAAACAACACCAGGAGGGAUAUCCUCCGAACUCCUUGCAAAUGCCAGGUUCAUUUCUCAAGCAGCGAAACUAGGAACACAGGGUGCUCCAUUAUACAGAUCAUUUACACUAGAAGAGUUAGAAGAAGCCACAGACAAAUUUGAGAAGUCAACGUUUUUGGGUAAAGGUUCUCUAGGGAAGAUUUAUAAAGGAAGGUUGGAGAAUGGCACUUAUGUCACCAUACGAUCUCUGGCUCUGUUCAGAAAGGAUUCAAUUCGGAACCUUAAACUUCGGUUGGAUUUGCUUUCAAAGCUUCGACACCCACAUCUGGUUGGUCUCUUGGGUCAUUGCAUUGAUGGUGGGGGACAGGAUGAUUCUACUGUUGACAGAGUCUUCCUUGUAUACGAAUAUGUACCCAAUGGGGAUUUUCGUUCUCAUCUCUCAGAAAGUUGUCCAGAGAAGGUUCUUACAUGGUCAGAUAGAUUGGCAGUUUUAAUUGGUAUUGCCAAGGCUGUGGACUUCCUGCAUACUGGGGUAAUACCUGUCUCUUUCAGCAACAGAUUAAAGACAAAUAAUAUAUUGCUAGAUGAGUAUCGGAUUGCGAAGCUGAGUGACUAUGGAAUGUCCAUCAUCACCGAAGACUUCGAAAAACUUGAGGGAGAGGGAGACGGCCAAAAAUCAUGGCAUAUGACAAGGUUAGAGAAUGAUGUUUACAAAUUUGGAUUCAUACUACUUGAAUCACUAUUGGGGCCAAUCGUAACCGGAAAAGGAGAAGCAUUUUUAUUAAAUGAAAUGGCAUCCUUCGGCAGCCAGGAUGGUCGGCGACGGAUUGUGGAUCCGAUUGUGUUAACUACCUCAACCCAGGAGUCCUUAUCAAUUGUGAUCUCAAUCACCAACAAAUGCAUAUCUCCUGAAUCAUCAACCCGUCCCUCUUUCGAGGAUGUCCUGUGGAACUUGCAAUAUGCAGCUCAGGUCCAGGCCACAGCCGAUGCCGAUCAGAAAUCAGACGCCGCAUCAUCACAGUCAUAAUUUCAUACCACAUAGCAGUGCCCAUAAUUCAGCUGUUUAGUUCAUAUUCCUUUUGUAAAAUUGUAAAUGUCAUAUUUGAAUUCGUAUGCAUUGACCCUUAAAACGUAGGUGAUUUUUAUAGAUCAGAACCUCUUGUUGAUAAGUUUUGAGUUCCAAAGUAGAAAUUGCAGCAGACAAUAUUUCUUAAUUUUUAGAUCAGUCUUGAGGGUGGUGUUGCAAUGCUGAUAUAGAGUUACAUGUUCAAAUAAUUGUUUGUAAAGUUGUCAUGAUAAAUUCAUUAGUUAUUCAGUGAUGA